AUGCGCUCGAAACGGCGCGAUGGAGGCACCAGCUGGAACCGAGUUGGGACCGUCGCAAGCUGUAGCUCUGUGUGGUUUCACCAGCCGCCACGCUCCACUGAGGUGCCUCGAGAGAAGCCACGUAUGUUGAGCCGUGGGACGGCGCUCGCUUGCCGUUUCUCAUCCGGUUUUUCUUCCCCGCUUCUUCCCAAAGGAGCACUAGCAUACAUAAAUGGUCAGUGGAUCGAAUCUCAGAAAAAAAGCACCUUCGACGUGACAAAUCCAUACAAUGGAGAGCUGCUAUGUAAAACAACAAAUUGCGAUAUCCAUGAGGCUGAGAAGGCUGUGCAUGCUGCCAGGAAAUCGUUCCAAAAAUGGUCAUUAGAAACAACUCCUAAACAACGUGGUGCAAUCCUAAGAAAGUGGUUCGACAUAUUUGUUGCGAAAGAAGCAGAACUGGCACGGGUUUUGACUCUUGAGCAGGGUAAACCAUUAGCUGAGGCUCGCGGUGAAAUACAAUAUUCGGCCGCUUUUUUCGACUGGUAUGCUGGAGAAGCGAGACGAAUUUAUGGGCAGGUUGUUACCCCUGCUGUUCUCAACAGAGAGCACCUUCACAUUCGAGAACCUAUUGGAGUUGCUGUAUUCAUAACACCAUGGAACUUCCCUACAGCAAUGAUUGCCCGGAAGGCCGGAGCAGCAUUAGCCGCUGGCUGCACUGUUGUGGUGAAGCCUGCUCAGGAUACUCCGCUCAGUGCGCUAGCUAUGGCCCAGACGGCAGAGGAGGCAGGUAUGCCCCCAGGCGUCUUCAACGUUAUUACUGCUGAUCAGAACCGAACUGCUGCUAUAUCGAAGUAUGUCUGUGCAAGCACUGAUGUGGAUGUGAUAAGUUUCACUGGAAGCACAGCUGUCGGAAAGCUUUUGUUGGCGCAGUCGGCUUCCACUGUUAAACGUGUUUGUCUUGAACUUGGCGGCAGCGCUCCGGUGCUAGUGUUUGAAUCAGCGGACUUGGAUGUAACUGUUAAGGGAGCAAUGGCGGCAAAAUUCCGAGGGUCUGGUCAAACAUGUGUUGCUGCGAAUCGUUUCUUCGUGCACCAGAAAAUAUAUGACGAUUUUAUAACGAAAAUGACGGUUGCAAUGAAAGGUUUGGUUGUUGGCGAUGGAAUGAAUCCAAAAACGACGAUAGGACCUCUUAUCAAUGACGCAGCUGUGAAGAAGAUAACCGACCUUCUGAACGAUGCGGAAUCCAAAGGAGCUCGUGUUGUGUUGGGAGGGAAACGUGGUAAAGGGACUUGCUUUCAACCUACACUUCUGAUCAACGUCACUGACGAAAUGGAAAUUGCACACACAGAAAUUUUUGGUCCUGUAGUGGCUGUGAGAAAGUUCUCCGACGAAGCUUCUGUCCUGGCUGCCGCGAACACCACCCGAAGCGGUCUCGCCGGGUACGUCUUCAGUAGAGAUUCAGAUCAAAUUUACCGGGUGACGCGUCGAUUGCAGGUUGGAAUGAUUGGAGUCAAUGAAGGGCUCAUGUCUUGCGCUGAAGCAGCAUUUGGAGGUGUAAAAGAAAGUGGCCUAGGCAGAGAAGGAGCAGCACAGGGAAUUGACGAGUUCACUCAAUGGAAGUAUAUCUGCACUCAGCACUAA